UGUCACGUGACCGGUCAGUCGGCGUCCUCUCGCUGGGUGGUGUAUGCUGCGCGCUGACCCAGCAGCCCUGUGGCGUCCGGCUUGUGUCAUGCAGGAAGCAGGGCGCGGGUGGAGCCCGGCGCCCACCUGAGCUGCUUGCGCCGAGGUGCGGUGUGGCGGGGCCGCGCACGCACGGCCGCCAGGGGUGUGGCUGCUAGCAGGCCGCGACAGGUGGGUGCGCCGUGCUCUCGGCCCCGGAGAGGCCGCGUGCAGCGGGGCGGGGUCCGGUCAUCCGAUCCGCCCGCGGCCGGAAGCCCCGGGCGCUCUCAGGUGAAGUCUUGCUCAGGCUGCGCGGUGAGGGCGUGCACCCAGCAGCCCCUCCUGCCUUUGCCUCUGCCUCAGUUUCCACAUCCGAGAUGGAAGCGCGGACUCCUGCUCUCUGAGUGCCUGACGUGGCGUCUGGAGAGUCCUGCUCAAGUAGAAACACUGGAGGGAAAGCGUAGCUUGAAGUCAAUGGCCCAAAAUGACUCUGCUAGUGGAGACUCACUUCCGUAAGGAGAAAGACCAGGUCAGAGGCUGGAAUGAGCAUGCCACUGCACCAGAUCUCUGCCAUCCCUUCUCAGGACGCCACUGCUGCUAGAGUCUACAGAAGCAAGACCAAAGAUAAGGAGCGGGAGCAGAAUGAGAAGACAUUGGGACAUUCCAUGAGUCAUUCAAGCACCAUUUCUAAGGCUGGGAGUAGUCCUCCAUCCACGACGGCUCCAGUGUCUUCCUUCUCUCGUGCUUCCGUUACACCAUCCAACCAGGACAUCUGCAGUUCCAGUGCAGUGUUUUCUGAGUGUUGUUACUACAGUCCCAUGCAGUCUGCUGUUGUCUUGAAAGCUCCUCCAUGCCAGAGUUCUCUGACACCAGGGCUCACUGUGACAGUUAUCUGUAAAGACACAUUACAGGCAUCCAAGAGAAAUCCCUUUGGUUCAGACUGGGACCAAGCGUUGAGGCCUUCUAAGAAUACUAAGGCCAGAAGAGCACUGAGAUUCUCAAAGUCACUGAGUGAUGUGGGUGAGAAGACCCAGGAUACUUUGGAAAGCUUUGACUAUAUGGAAAGAACUUGUUCUGAAGGGAGACUGGUGCUUCCUCAAAGUCGAUCACUCAAAAAGAACAGGCUCCAUCAGAAAGAAAAAAGCACAGAACACUGCCCACCCCUCGACCAUUCCAAACACGCUUGUGUCUUACCCCUUUCUACCAACCAUUCAGCUGCCUCAAAGAGGGAAGUUGGCAAGGGGAGCUUACGCAUCCCACUUUUGGAGGAGAAAGUUGAUGGUGAGACCAGGUUGAGAAGCCAGCGACUGCUCCGGUACCUGUUCUCACUCUCCCGUGGCUCAAGUGCCAGCAGCCUGCAUAGGUUCCAUGAGCUGGAGAGCCAUGCCGGCCAUCUCCAUACUGCCAAGUCCUCCAGCUGGCUGGCAGGGAGCACAGACUUCUGUUCUGAUGAAAUGGGAGAUGACGAUGUCUUUGAGGAUACAUCAUCUGCCAAACUGAAAAGCAGGGUCCUGCGUGCACCACUCUGCUCAGUAGAGAAGGACAGUGACCUGGAUUGUCCUUCUCCGCUCUCUGAAAAAUGCACCCCUAUCUCUCCUGUGUCCACCUCAGGGGAUGCCUGCAGGAUCUGCCACUGUGAAGGCGAUGAUGAGAACCCUCUGAUCACCCCCUGCCACUGUACAGGAAGCCUCCAUUUUGUGCAUCAGGCUUGCCUGCAGCAGUGGAUCAAAAGUUCAGAUACACGCUGCUGUGAGCUCUGCAAGUACGAGUUCAUCAUGGAGACCAAGCUGAAACCCUUGAGGAAAUGGGAGAAGUUGCAGAUGACUUCUAGUGAGCGCAGGAAGAUCAUGUGCUCAGUGACGUUCCAUGUCAUUGCCAUCACCUGUGUGGUCUGGUCCUUGUAUGUGCUCAUUGACCGCACCGCAGAGGAAAUCAAGCAGGGUCAGGUGACAGGAAUCCUAGAGUGGCCUUUCUGGACUAAACUGGUAGUUGUGGCCAUUGGCUUCACUGGAGGACUUCUUUUUAUGUAUGUUCAGUGCAAGGUGUACCUACAAUUAUGGAAAAGACUCAAGGCUUAUAACAGAGUGAUCUAUGUUCAAAACUGUCCAGAAACAGGUAAAAAGAAUAUUUUUGAAAAGUCUGCACUAACCGAGCCCACCCUUGAAAAUAAAGAAGGACAUGGAAUGUGUCAUUCCACCACACAUUCUUCUUGCACAGAGCCUGAAGACACUGGAGCAGAAAUUAUUAACGUCUGACGGUGUGGAGGGUGUCAUCCCCCCUGUCCACAAAGAGCUGAAGGAGUUUGUUUACUGCCAUCUGUGUUCCUUCCUUCUGUUGUUCAAUAGCAGAGACUGGGCAGGCGACUAGUAGAGUGGCCUCUCUUUUCCUCAACCCUCCUUGGUGUGGACAUCCUAGAAUUCCUGUGGGGCAACUGCCACUGGGCCCCAUUCCACCAGGUCCUCUGUGGGCUGGGAAAGGGAGACCCUAGUAACCACGAUGAGGAGCUGGCUGAGUUCCAGCCCCUGGCCUUGAGCAGAAUAAGGAAGUCAAAAGCUAGAGCAGGGGACAGAGCAGCAUGGGGGAGUCUGGUGGUGAGAGGCUCCCCAGAGGACAGAACAUGGUACAGUGAGGCUGCUGCUGGUGGAAGGGUUCCCUUCUCACUGACGAGCUAGGAGGCGAGCAGGAACAGUGCCGGCACACACAAACCCCUGCCUCCUCAGCUGAUGUUGCCACACUGCUCUGGGGCACAUAAGGCCUCAGGGCCCUGUGUCUGCUGGGGUGUGACUCACUGAGCAAACAGCACUUUAUGAAAGUUUUUAUUUUGGAAUUCCUGUGUCUGUGGCUGUGACAUUUAAAAGUGUCACAUUUCGGCGUGUUCUCUUUAUUGCCCCGUUAUCUCUUUGCAUCAAAAUAGAUUUGAAACCAUUUCUGCCUUAUAUAUUCUGAAUAGUAGGAUGUCCUUUCCAUGUCUAGAAAAGACUGGUGACUUCAAGCAAGACAGACAGAUCUGAGACAGUUUUCCUUAACAGAGUCCAUGGGAGUCCAUGGAUGCUAAGGACAUACUCUGUGUUUUUGAGCCGGUUUGCUCACAAGCCCACCCAUACCACUUCUGUUUUGUCAAUAUUGAAAUGGAAGGGUUUGAGAUCUAAUGGAUCUGAAUCAGGCUGAGUAUUUAGGAAAUGCUCCUUUGACUGACAGAAGUCUCCAGAUGGAGUGGACACACACUGUGGAUACCCCUGUGAUCCACCUCUGAUUCCUGCUGUGCUGAGGGCUGGGAGGUCAACAGGCCGGCUCUGAGAUGAAGCCUUGGCAUGAGCAGUCAACUGUCAUGGGCCACUUCAUCACUGAGCUGGCCCACACUCAUUGCCUUAACCAGACCUGGCAGAUUAUUUAGGGUCCUUAGCUCCACAUGUGAUCCAUUCUGUCUUUGGGGUUACCUCCUACACUGCUUUUCUCAAGACAGACAAAGACAAAUCACCACCAUUAAAUGGCCUUUGUCCCAAUAAAAAUUCUGCUGAACAUUUUUUUUCUUGAAGGCCAUUGUCACAGUGCCAGGCAAUAGUCAACUCACAAUGUGACAAGAGGGACCUCGGAAGUGUACUCUCCCAAGAGCUGCUGUUGGUAACAGGGGCUUCAGAGCCUCCUGAGGGGGGAGGGGCAGCGUCUGGGGUCCUGAGCUUUGCUGCUUUACCUCUCUUCUUCAGAGAGUGAAGAAACCGAAGAUGAAUCUUUUGUGGUUCUUAGUAGAAGCCCUGUGUUUGGUUUGCAGGGGCAAGUGGAGGCUGUGAGGCUGUGGGAGCAGGUUUUGUCCUGUUAUCACCUUGUCUACUCUCUAGGGUUGUGGGGGUCAGUCGUGCGUGGAGUUGUUUCGCCAGGGAUUUCAGCCAUUAUCCAGUCAGGCCACCCCUUAGGUUAGGUGCUCUCUUUCCCAGACCACAUAAGCCUCCUGUGCUCACUGUGCCCCAAAGUGCAAUUACUCACACACCUUCUCAGUCUGGGGACACCAGUAAGCUACAGACUGCCCAUCAGGAAGCCCUGACUGUACCGUCUGGCAGCUGCUGCAGCUGAGUCCCUGAUCUUGUCCAUCUGUCCCUGAUGAGAUGCUCCAACAGUGGGUGGGUGGUCACAUGAACAUGGAGCUUGUUUUAAGUAUGAAGUCCCAACCAGCCUCUGAGGCUUCUGUAGAGAGGAGAGUGUACCUCAUUGGGGGUAGUCCUGCACAGCUGUCCCAGGGGCCUUGUACCCCACAUAGAUAACGUGACGUAGAACCAUGGCUUUCAUGUUGUUCUCUUCAUUUCAGGAAGGCCUAACUCCAUCUCUUCUCCGGCUACUCUGUCGUUCAUCCUUCCCCUCCCAGCUACCCCUUCCUCAUUUUCCCUACAGGCUCUCUAAUCUAGCACACAGCUGUACCUGUUGGUGACUCAGCCCAGGAGACCGACAAGGCAUGUGCUGUGAAGCAGGAUGGCAGGGCUCCGGGUCUGCCCAGGCUCCCCUAGUCUGUGUCUGCUUGCCUUCUGAAUAGUUUUGCAGGGUUAUCUGUCUACUUCAUUUCUCCUCAGCUUGAGCCUGGAUGUAGUGGGAAGAUGGCAUAUGGCUGAACCAAGCAGAUCUAGGAUGAUGGAUGCCUGGGCCAGGAGGGCUUAAGCUUGUGUGUCAAAUGCAGAAGAAGGAAAUAGUCUCAGGGUGUCACUGUCAGCCCUAACCUGGCCUUUGCCCCAUAUGUCAUGGACCCAUUGGCACACCUUUGACUUCAGCUGCCACAAAUAAAGAGGUGGGGUUAUGCCCAAGUUUAUUGUAAGAAUUUCCUGGAAAUGGUGUAAAGUUCUCUCCUUACUCCAGGUCUCUUUGUUUCUCCCUUCUGCCUUUAGCACAUUCUUUAGUCAUGGAGGCCUAGUUUCCAAACCUGUGGGUGUCUCCACCUGGACUCAGAUGUGCAGACCUCAGGCAGUGGGGGAGGGAACAGUUCAAGGCCUUGGGUGGUGUCUAAAUGACAGGAGGCCAAAGACCAGAUGGGCAGGGUAAAGAGCUAUAAUCUUGUGGGUGUGGUUAGAUGCACAUGCAUAUUUGAAAUACCACCCCAUUAAACCUGGUUUGAAAUAAUACAGCUUGUAUCAGUAGCCCAGGAAAAGCCCAGAGCAUCGGGAGAUGGGGCAUUUGUCUUUGUGUUGGAAGUGAUUGAUGAAGGUGUGUAACUGGUGCACAUUUAGAUGCCAUGUUUAAAAUGGAUUGUUAAUAAAAACCAAAUUUACACUGGUGUGUGUAGUGUAGUUUCUAAAAAGCACUUCACAUUUAAAAUUUUUCUUAGACAAUUUCUAGUAAUCUAAAUGUCUAAUUUUUUAAUCCUUUUGUGUAUGUUCACUGUUUCUCAGUAUUACCGCUUGAAUAAUUCUCAGUGCAGGGGAUUUGUUUGUGCUGUACACGGGGUGUCUAAAGGUAGCAAUAAAGCUUUUCUUUACAAAGGAA